AUGACUAGAAGACGUUCCUUUGCCAGGGUGCCUUUGAAAGGUGGCUGGAAGGUUGUCUCUUGCGACCCAAGAUAUGUAACAUUGGUAGCCACUAUUUCAUGGUAUGGAAGUUGUAAUCAGGAGAAAGUCCAACAAAGAGAACUUGAGGCGAAUACAGAAAACCUUACACAAAUGGGGUUUUUGGACAGUCUUCCACAUCUUUUCACUUCUUGUACCAAACCAAAGGAGAAACUUGUGCCCAAAAAGACAGUUAAUCUCAGGGUGAAGAUGGACUGUGAAGGUUGUGCUCGAAAGGUUAAACAUGCAGUGGAAGACUUGGAAGGAGUGGAAUCGAUCGAUGUGAACCGAAAGCUACAGAGGGUAACUGUGACAGGUAAUGUGGAUCCGGAGGAGGUUCUAGAAGAAGUGAGGAGCACAGGAAAGAAUGCUGACAUUUGGCCAUUUGUUCCCUACAAUUUAGUGGCGUUUCCUUAUGUCAAAGGGGCUUAUGACAUCAAGGCUCCUUCCGGUUUCGUCAGAAAUGUCCCUGAUGCUAUGGCUGACCCUAAAUCUCCUGAGAUGAAACUUAUGAGACUCUUUGAUGAUGAUAACCCAGAUGCAUGUUCUAUCAUGUAA